ACACAGAGCGGGACGUUGUGAAUUUAGACACGGAAGUUUUUCGCAUUUGUUGUUCUGCUAUUUUACCUCAGCUGUUGAUCAACAAUAAAAAAAAUCCAGAUUCGUUGAAUAUUGUGCGAAACGGCUUGCCAAUCAACCAGAUUGCAGACUGAAGUCGAUUCAUUGCUGGUAAUGUAAACUGAAGUCUUGUGGCAGUCACAACUGGCCCCAGCUCCUGUGAGAGAUGGAGGAGAUGGAGGAGCUCUACACUUUAGAGAAGGAGGCAGGACGAGGCAGCUAUGGUGUGGUCUUUGAAGGCCAUAUUGCCAAAACAGGACAGAGGGUGGCUAUCAAGCGGCUGCCCUGCAGCAACCCAGAGUGCAUUGAACUCUACCUGCAAGAGCUGUGGGCCAUGAGAGCCACAGCCAAGAACCAUGUCAAUGUCAUUGCACUCCACAGCUGCCUCUUACAGACGGGGCCAAGGAGCCUGAAGCCCCUAAAACCAGGGAAACUGCCUCUACGUCUAGUUGAGAGCGUGCUGAAGGGCAGUGUAGUCGGAGCACCACGAAGUCAAGAAAGCAAUAAUUCCCAGCCUAACACCCAGAGGAGGACUAACUCUGUCUCUAGACUUCAGGACAGGACCAACACCGUCCAGGCCAGGGCCAAGCUUCAGGACAAGACUAAAUCAAGUGCAUCUGAUUCUACAACUCCACAAAGGCCUCAAAACAAAGCCAGGAAGAGACCGGCCCAGAGGGAGGAAGAGCAGCCAGGACCCCUGCGCUGCUUGGCCCUGUGGCUCGUGAUGGAGUACUGUGACGGGGGUGACUUGAAUCAGUACCUGCUCUCCAGGCCACCAGACUCCCAGCGUAACCACAGCGUGGUUCGACAGCUCUGCAGUGCUGUGGCCUUCCUGCAUAGUCUGGGUAUCACCCACCGAGACCUGAAGCCUGACAAUGUGCUGGUCUGUGUGACACCAAAAGGCCCUGUUGUCAAGGUGGCAGACUUUGGUCUAAGCAAGAUGAGUGAAGGUCUGGUGGACGGUGACCUGACCAGGCAGCACUUCUCCUCCACCUGUGGCUCUGACUUCUACAUGGCUCCAGAGGUGUGGGGUGGACUGACCUACACAGCCCAGGCAGACAUCUUCUCCCUGGGUGUGAUGUUCUGGGCUGUUCUGGAGAGAAUCACCUUUGUGGAAGAAGGGACCACGCAGGAACAACUGGGUGCCUAUGUGUGUAAGGGUCGCUCAGGCUGGUUGAUGCCGCUGGGGGAAGCUUUGUGGGAGAAUGCCGACCUCCAGCUGUGUAUCCCUAUGAAGUUUAAGAGAGCACCCCCGCUGCCACCCCCUCCUGGUCCAGCCAUGUGCACCCUGCUUUCAGACAUGCUCGCCUCAAACCCGGAUUCUCGGCCCCCAGCGGACCAGCUGGAGGCCAGAGUGCGCUCUGCUCUGAAAGAGGACUCCCACUAACAGAAAGUGCUCUUAAGAGACCAUAAUGGCUAUAACCACUAUAGCCACUACAUGGAAAUAUUGUCUGUGGAGCCCCUAACUGCAGCGUUUCUUACAUGUGUAAACAAUAGCCACUUUGCUGCCACAGGGAAGUGGGGAUAAGAAAUAUGUAUGAUUAUAUGGGAUUGUGGGUGCUAUUUUUGUCACAGAAACAGAGGCUCAGUUCAUAAACUGUGUAGGAAGCCAAAUAAAGGGGAAAAAAGGGAUGAACUAGAAGAGGUCUAUUCAAGCCCCUGACUGCACUGCAGACAAAACAUGCAAUGAUAUUCAAACAAGUCCAUAUAGAGAUCUAGUGGGACUUAACUCAAGCUGUAUUUGAUGUAAGCACCAUGCUGUUGCUGGCCUUGAAUGCUUGACAUAGAAAAUCAAUAUGGCUGAUAUGAAAUGCAAGGGGUUACUGCUACUGCUUUUUAUCUGGGUCUGCAGCGUCUUGGUGACUCCCCAUUAUCUCAUUUUUAUUUCGGGUGUUAAUUUUGACCUGAUUUGUGGACAAUGAGCUUCUUACUUGUUGAAUAGUGUAGCUAACGUAAGUCUAAUGUAAGUCUUUUGUGCUGAUUAUCUUACCCAAAUGUUUCCACCACGCAUUGAUGUAGCAUGGAUCUAACAGUUCACUGGGCCUCUAGUCUUAAAUAUGUAAAGUGAAUGACCAAAAAAAUAGAAAACACUUGUCCAUCGUAAUAGUCCUGUAAUAAAUACCUUUGUGACACUAAUAAAUAAAUCUUAAUUGUUGUUGACCCUGUGUCAGCAACAGGCGUCGAUUGAGUAGUAGUAGUAGUAGCCGUAGUUUGUGGUGUUUUUCCUCCAAAUACAUUGAGUAAUUAAGGCGGACAUUAUAUAUUACGAACACCUCUCUAUAUAAUGCAGUCUAAUGCAACACCACCACAAAGUACAUCCUCAAAAUAUACGAUAGAUUUGUGUCAACAUACUUUAAAUACAGCAGUAUUUAUUGCAGGGCUAACUUCGUACAGGCGUUUGUAUUUAUAUGCUUUCUGUAUAUUUAAAUUUGUUUCUUGCAAGAAUGCUUCUUAAGAGAUGUUGAUUUAUGUCAUAUUUGUUCUACACAUGAAUUUAAAUAUGGCUUGAAAAUGUAUAUUUUGUUUGUAAGGGUUUCUUAUUUUAAAAUCUUUCCUUGUCAUUUCACCAGUUUGCUUUGAGUCAGUAACAUUUAUGGAUGUUGUCUUUUUUAUAUAAGUAAUAAGUAAGUAUAGAGGAUUUUGAAAGUUAAGUCUAUGUUACUGUGUGAGCAUUUGUGUGAUACCUGCACUGAAAACUAAAAGAUAUAGCAGCAUGAGGCUCACAGUGACUAACGAUCACUAAUAUACCACCCCCUCAUGAACAGGAAAUUAAAGCCGGGCAUUAGGAUUGUUGCUGAUCAUAUCUAUGCUGAGUCCACAGCAUUUAUUACUGGUCAUCAGUCUUAAUCAUUGACAGUCCAUAUCUUAGAUUGCUAUUUAUUUCUGAUUUUUUUUUUUUUUUUUUUUUUUUGCUCACAUGCCUGAAAAAAUGGGUAUGUAUUAUAAUAUGAAUUGUGUCCAGAAACCCUUUUUAAAUGUAAUUUAAAUAAACAUGAAAUUGUAACUUGUA